UUUUAUUUUGUAUUCCUGUACGUCACAAUGCUGCGCAGCGCUCCUGACUGCAAUAAACUAACUUGAGAAAAGACAGAGAAACUCCUGCUGAAGCGACUGAGCUCCACUAUUAUAAAGAUGGCCUUUAUUAAAGAGGAGAGUGAAGACCUGAAGAUUGAAGAAGUGUUCACAUUGAAACAUGAAGAUCCUGAGCAACAAACAGAUUUAAUGGAACUUAAAGAAGAGAAUGGAGUACUGAAAGAAGAGGAAGAGAAAUAUCAACCUAAUCACUGUGAUUUCAUAACUAGAGACAAAUCUUUUACUUGCUCACAUGCCGAUAAUAUUUUCCCACAAAAAAGUUGUCAAGAUUACACUGGAGUUAAGCCUUUCAUCUGCCAACUAUGUGGAAAGAGUUUUAGCCAAAAUGCAACUCUAAUUUGCCAUAUGAAACUUCAGACUGGACACAGUCAUUGCAGCUGCAAGCAGUGUGGGAAAGGUUUCUGUCAAAAUAGAAGAGUUAAAAGGCACAUGACAAUUCAUGCCAGAAAAAAAACAUUCACAUGUCCUCAGUGUGGAAAGUCUUUCAAUCAAAGAGCAAAGCUUGUGGUCCAUCUAAGAGUUCACACUGGAGAGAGGCCCUACACCUGCCAACAAUGCGGGAAGAGUUUUGGAAGCAAAUAUAAUCUCUACCAACACAUGAAUACUCACACCGGAGAAAAGCCUUUCAGCUGUGAUCACUGUGAAAAAAGGUUCAACCGAAAAACAAACCUUGAGAGACACAUGAGUGUUCACACUCGAGGAAGUCCUUACAGCUCCAAACCACACAGAGCAGGUUUACCUCAAGAAGGAAGCCCGAAAAUGAGCACAGGAAUUGACAGCGUUAAAAAGACUUACACGUGCCCUCAGUGUGGAAAGUGUUUCAGUCAAAAAGCACAUCUUAAAAACCACAUAAGAGUUCACACCGGAGAGAAACCCUACACCUGUCAACAGUGUGGGAAGAGUUUUGGAAACAAAUAUGUCCUUUAUGACCACAUGAGGAGUCACACCGGAGAAAAGCCUUUCACCUGUGAUCACUGUGGAAAAAGGUUCAACCGAAAAACAUACCUUAAGAGACACAUGAGUGUUCACACUCGAGAAAGUUCUUACAGCUCUAAACCACACGGAACAGGUUUACCUUUAGAAGGAAGCCCUAAAAUGAGCACAGGAAUUGACAGCGUAAAAAAGACUUACACAUGCCCUCAGUGUGGAAAGUGUUUCAGUCAAAAAGCACAUCUUAAAAGACACAUAAGAGUUCACACCGGAGAGAAACCCUACAGCUGUCAACAGUGUGGGAAGAGUUUUAAAAGCAAAUAUGACCUUGAUGACCACAUGAGGAGUCACACCGGAGAAAAGCCUUUCACCUGUGAUCACUGUGGAAAAAGGUUCAACCGAAAAACAUACCUUAAGAGACACAUGAGUCUUCACACUAGAGAAAGUUCUUACAGCUCCAAACCACACGGAACAGAUUUACCUUUAGAAGUAAGCCCUAAAAUGAGCACAGGAAUUGACAGCAUAAGAAAGGCUUACACGUGCCCUCAGUGUGGAAAGUCUUUCAAUCAAAAAGCAAAGCUUGUGGUCCAUCUAAGAGUUCACACUGGAGAGAGGCCCUACACCUGCCAACAAUGCGGGAAGAGUUUUGUAAACAAAUAUAAUCUUGACCAACACACGAACACACACACUGGAGAAAAGCCUUUCAGCUGUGAUCACUGUGAAAAAAGGUUCAACCGAAAAACAAACCUUAAGAGACACAUGAGUGUUCACACUCGAGAAAGUCCUUACAGCUCCAAACCACACGGAACAGGUUUACCUCUAGAUGGAAGCCCUGAAAUUAACACAGGAAAUGACGGCAUACGUAAAACUUACACAUGCCCUCUGUGUGGAAAGUGUUUCAGUCUAAAAGGACGGAUUAAAAAGCACCUAAGAGUUCACACCGGAGAGAAACCCUACACCUGCCAACAGUGCGGGAAGAGUUUUAGAAACAAAUAUGACCUUGAUAACCACGUGAGAACUCACACCGGAGAAAAGCCUUUCACCUGCCAAAAAUGUGGAACAAGCUUCAGUCGAAAUACUAACCUUAAAAGACACAUUAAGAUGUACUCUGGAGAGAGGCGUUGCAGCUCCAAACCACGUAGAAGUAGUUUGACUCUAAACAGACACUUUGAAAUCGACAUAAGUGUUGACAGUGGAGAGACGCGCUAUAUCUGCCACCAGUGUGGCAAGAGCUUUCGUAAAAGGCAUUACAUUGUUCAGCACAUAGGAAUUCACACCGGAGAAAAGCCUUUCACCUGUCAGCAAUGUGGAAAAAGCUUCAGCCGUAAACAAAACCUUCAGAGACACGUGUCGGGUCACACUGUAGAGAAGCGGUUCAUUUGUCCUCAAUGUGGAAAAAGUUUUAGAAAUUGUACAAUUCUGAAAUACCAUAAAAAAAUUCAUGUAUGAGAGAACGGCUUUUCAGUAUGUAUUUCCUGUCUCAUUUGACAGAGGAAAGGCUUUAAACUGUUGUAAUUCUUGAAGUAUAAAAGACUUUGAUGGAAAGACUUGCAGAAACCGAAGAAUAAGACUUAUAUAUUCUUCUGAAUUAAGACUUGAAGACUUUCAAAAAAGAUGGACAUCUCUAUGUCUUUCACUGUAGACAAGUGAAGGUAAAAUGUACUAGUCCGGGAACUGAAGGGAGUGGUAUCCUGAUCAGUGGUCGCUCCAAUAUAUAUAUGUGCAUAUGGAUUAUUAAUAAAGUUCAAUCAGUGUUAAA